GGGGUCUCUGCCCGUGCCCACCCGAGACCCAGCCCAUGUCUCGGCCCCCGGCGCCCCCCGGCUCCCCGCGCCUUUUCGGGGCGCUCAGCACCGCGCAGCUCCGCGCUCUGCUGCAGGACGAGCCCCGGCUGCAGCGCGCUGCCCGCCUCAGCAGGAAGUUUCAGAGCCUGCAGCUGGAGCGGGAGAUGUGUUUGGCUUCCAACUGCAGCCUGGCCAGGGUGAACCUGUCCCUGCGCCCGCGGCUGGAGGACGGGAAGGCUUCCCUAGCCAUCAAGUACCAGGAGCUGCAGGAGAUCCGAGAGGCGUGUUGGGACAAGCAGCAGCGCCUGGAGGUGUACCUGGAGAAGUGGAGCCCGCAGAGCGCCCUGGGCCAGCUCCAAGCCAAGCUUGAUGCCUCAGAGGCAGAGUCAGAGGCACAGGUAGACCAGUUCCUGGCCCAGGACCUGCCUCUCCCUUCCUUUUUGGAGUCCUUCUGCCAGAGCCGCAUGCGCUCCCACAUCUGCCGGACACAGCUGGAGAAACUGCAGGAGCUGCUGCAGAAGGACCAGGUGGGCAGGGAUCGUGCAGGCCCCGCGGGGUGCCCAGGUGCCCUGGCUACCCCAGCACCAGCCUGCCUUGCCCUGUUGCAGAGUGGAGUAGCCCCCAAAGCCUUUGAUCCCUCCUAUGGCUUUGUGCCUGCCUUUCUCAUGCCCUCGGAGGCCGUUGUGCCUUUUGCCGUGCCAGCUGCACCUCCCAGACACCAUCUCCCAGCCCUGGAACACCAGCCAGGAUCUCCCUGCUCUGAAACCCCCAGCCCAGCCUCACCCCUGCACCUCGUGGAACACAUCCCCCCGCUCAGCCCCCAGCCCCUCCACAGGCAGCAGCAGCCACACCAGAAGCAGGAGCUUCCGCACCGGUAGCAGGGCAGGGACGGGGGUUGUCCCCAUGUUCCCGUGUCCCCACGCCUGUCACCUGGCUGGGGAAGAUGUAGGGGUGGGUGCAUGGGGCAGGCCCAGUGCCGAGGGGCUGCCAUGUCUGUUGUGCCUCUGUUGGGCUGGCACAGGGGUGGGUGCUCAGAGGGGGGACGGGGCGGGUGCUGUGCUUGGGGAGAUGCCAGGGGGGAAGGUCCUUGCAUCCACAGCAGGAGGAACAGAGACAGGAGUUGGGGUCAGGUGGUUUGUAGGGGUGUCAUUUGGGUGGGAGACAGCAGAAAAGAGGGCCCAGGAGCACUGGGUGCCAUGUGCUUUCGAAAUAAAGGCUCUUUUCCACACUU